UACGUAAGCUCUACGUCGCGCUUCCGUGGAACAUUAGCAGCGUGACAUGCUAGCUGGCUAGUGUAUAAACAAUGCUUGUUUUGGGUGUAAUGUAACAUUUAUCUGUCUAAUUAUUGUACUAAAUAUCUUCGCUAAAUUAUAACCUUAAAGCUCAUAACAGCGAGCAUCAUGGGAACGGAAAACCCACCCAAAAAGAGAAACUAUUCAGAGAAGUCAGGAUCAGAGGGCUCAGAAGAUGAUGUGCCGUAUGUUCCUGUUAAGAUCAGAAAACAGCAGAUGCUCCAGAAGGUGAUGCGUUUUCAUGGGAAAGCACUCACAGAGGAGGAACAGAAAGAUAGUGGCAGAGAGCAGAAAGAUGAGGAUGAGGGUCUGGGUCCCCGAUCAAAUGUCUGUCUGCUGGACCAGCACCAACAUCUCCAGGAGAAAGCUGAAGCUCGAAAGGAGUCUACCAAGGAGAAACGGUUGAAAGAGGAAGAAAAGAUUCUGGAGAGCGUGGCUGAAGGCAGAGCAGUCCUGAAAGGACUGAAGACACAUGUUCAGAUUCAAGGAAUACCAACCAUUCUCUCUGGCAGGGAGGGACAUGAUUGGCAUUGCCUUUACUGGCUUGUUUUCACGCUGCCCAUCAUUAAGUUUUGUCUGGAGCAGGAGAAACGGCCACCCUUCUGUAAGAGAAAGGGACCAUCAUCUGUCCUUCUGUAAGCCCACAUCCUGUGUCAUCUGCCUGAAAAAUGAGAAGCCCAUUACCUAGGGAGCUGGCGAGACAGACACAUAGUAUCAUUGAAUCCUACUGGAAACUCUUCGAGGAUGAAGGUGCUCCUCAGUUGCGCUGUGCUCUGUGUAUUGGGGGCAUGUCUGUCAAAGAACAGAUGGAGGUGGUAAAACA